AUGCCCCCACGGAAAGGCACACGGAAGCGAGUGCAAGAGCCACCCUCGGAGGCCGAGGCCGUUGAGGCAUCCGACUCUCAGACCCCACCUCCCAAGAAGCCUAGAGGUCUCGGCAGAGCUAGGUCCAGAUCUGUGACGCCACCUUCAGUCGUGAUGUCUGAGGCCUCUAUAGCGAAAGGCAAGGGUGCCGUGUAUUCACAGACCGAAGAGGAGAUUGAGGAGAUGACCGAAAUGGGUAUGCAGCCAGAAAAACUUUUGAACAACGUUUCCUACAUCGUCAUGGAACAAAUGGCGGGCGUUGGAGUUCCUCCUCGCCCAAAACGGCACUUUCCUCCAAGACAACAGAGAUGGAAACAUGAUGGUGAUGAGCCUAUCACGAACAUAGAGGAUGUUCCGGAAGGCUGGAAUGCCAACGAGCCGGAUUUAGACUACGACGAUGUCGAUGCUCAAAUUGAUAGAUGUUUUGAGAGGUUGGAGGAUGGGAUUAUGCCUCGAGUCUUCGAAAUCCGGUUGGACAGUCUCUUGGCUGCGAGGAACGCACGCAAUGCCAUGAUCGGUUCCGAGCCGACGGGUCUCAGUUAUGAGAUCGUCCAACGACUGCAUGCGUUGAAGCUCAUAAAAGAUCAUCUCGAAACCAAAGGAGACCCAGAUGUACAGCUUCCGAAUGUCCGGGCUUUGCUGAAGGCUUAUAGGGCAGGCGAAUUGAAAUGGUCCGAGGGCAUGGUGACUUAUUGGUCCAAUGGUUUGCAACUCAAUACACCCACAAAAUUCAACCGAGAGCUUCAUGAGCAAAUGACGCUGGAGAAUGAUGCCACUAAGUCUUGGUGGGUGGAGGGUCUUUUACAAGCAGGACCCAAUAACAUGGGGGAGUUUGCUGUCUUUGUGCCAUACAACUCCGCAAGAGCAGUGAAGUUUGACAUAUGGGUUACAGCUCAAGACCGGCCUAGACCACCUGAAAUCCUUAAAAGCCGCACAUUCUCUGUACUAUAUGACACUGGUGCAGAUAUCAUGGCCAUUCCAAGAGAAAGUCUCGAGGAAAUCGAGGAACUGGGCACCAAUGCUACAGUACUAGGUUAUACUAUAGUGGAAACCCCAUCGGGCGUUCUGAUGUCCAAGGUUGUAGAACUUGACAUCACAGUGCAGGUCCCAUUCCUCAACAAAUUUAUGAGUUGCUGGCUCAAGGUUCCGGCCUGUAUUCUCGAGACACAACCAGGAAUGGCCGGUCGUGUGACUUUCCUUUCGGGCCCUUUCCCACGAUUUGCGUUUUAUACUGGGACCUGUCCAAAUGGACUGGGCCUGCUUCAUUUUACUAAUCACAAGCGUGAACUAGAUUCCGGGGCAAAGCAGUCCGGGGCAGAGCAUUCAGGGGCAGAGGAAGAGGUGCCAGGGGAGGUAGGGGCAGGGUCAGCCGAUGAAGAGGAAGAUGAUUGGAAGCAAGCGUGCCCCUGA